CGCAUUGCCGUCACGUGCCUACUCUUGUAUCAGCUAUUUGUGACUUUGAAUUUUAUUAUCUCUAAGUUAUCACGAACGCCUGUAUAAGCUGGACCGUUGUUGCAGGUGCGGGGAGCCCGGUAGCGACCGGUGCGAGGCGAUGAUCGGCCUCAUGGGCCGGCCGCGCGCUCACGAUGCGACAGCCGUCGACCGACACGGUCGACAAAGCAGUAUGCACGGAGGAGAGCGGCGCGGCGCGGCUGGAGGCGGUGCUGGUCGCGCUGGUGGAGCGCAAGGCACGCGCGCUGCACGCGGAGCAGGCGCGGCGGCGCGCGCGCACGCACCCGCUGCUGCUGCUGCUCAGGGACCACCUGCCCGACGAGGAGGCGUCGAUAAUUGGCAGCCCGGGCGAGGAGCUGCCCUCCCACUGGUGCGAGCAUGAGGUCUCCCGGCACAGGCAGAAGAAGCUUAAGCUGCAAACCCAUCAUAGGGAGCUGGGCAGCCCCGAGCAGCUGGAACUGGAGCGGCGGCGAAGGCGGCGCCGGCGCAGCCCGCACGCGCACACGCACAAGCCGCGCAAGCACCGUACGCUGCUCGUCUCUGCAAUCGACGAGCAGGCUAAAGUCAUCCAUGUUCUGGAUCCUGAUGAGCUGCCACGUCGCGCGCGUUACACCAUCAUGGUGACCGCGUGCCUGCUGUUGUUCCUUUGCUUGUUGUUAGUCGGCGUCACCCUGAGGAUGGCGCCCCUUAUUGAUGAUAUGGGUAAGUUUUAG